ACCAAGCACAUGAUAAGAAUGGUUGAAUUAUUCGAGCCGAUAAUGGUCUUCGAACCUAUAAAGGGGACCUUCCGAUGUUGGGGCUUAUUUGUCCAACGUUCGAAGGAAAAGUUUCAGCUUUUAGCUCGAGCGACCAAACAAACACACAUAAAAUGCGUGCUGGAUUGAUUGUGGUAGCCUUGAUGGCUCUGACGGCCAACGUCGGGGUGAAGGAGGUCGCUGGACAGAACAUCAUUCUGGAUGCGAUCAUGCGACGCAUUCUGGAGAACUUGCGUGACCUGAUGCGCACCGGAAACCCGGAAACCGGCAUGCCUGUACUUGCACCUUACCAUAAUCCGGACCUGUUCAUCAAUGCCUCGUUCGGAGGUUUGCUUGAGUUCGACGCACGCUUCACUCCAAUGAACAUUAUCGGACUGGACACGUUCGUGGGCCGGCUGCAGGUCGAUCUGGCGACGCUUCGCUUCCCUUUCGAGUUCCGUUUUGCUGAGAUCAGUGCUAAUGGAUUCUACGAUGCCAAUGGCCGGCUGUGGGGUUUGAUCCCGAUCUUCGGUAUCGGCGAUUUCUCCGUGCGCCCACGCGAUGUCGUAGCGACCGGCUUUGCCACCAUCACCGACAACGGGCAGGGCUUCCUGAAGCUGUCCGACUUCUCGAUCAGUCUGCAGAUCGGUUCGCUCGAGAGCAACAUUCAGGGACUGCUGCUCGGCGGCGAUCUCUCGGAUCUGCUGAACGCCGUCAUUCAGGACAUUGUACCGUCGGUGCUGCGUAACUUCCCCGACGGCAUGACCAACCUGCUGAACGCGCUCGUCGUACCGAUCGCAAACCGCUUCCUGGCCACCCGCACCAUGGAGGACCUGAUGGGUUUGCUGUUCCCGUAAAUGAUGCUGUGUGCUGUGGGCCGUGUUGGUUUCUGGAUCGACUUUUGACCGUUGCGUAAAAUAAAUGUCAGCGAAUUGCUAACGCGAA